AAUUAAACGUCACUUUGGUGUAGAGUGUAGACUCAUCAGCGGCGGUUCGAAUCAGUUGAACAAAUCUUGAAACAGAUUACAAAUCAAACACUAGAAGAAUAAGAAAGAAGGCGGUUUGCUUCCAUAAUUCGAGUUUGUUCCUAGUCGAACCGACACAGUGAGCCACGGGCGGAGAUGAUGAGACCAUCGAGAGACGCCAUUCAGUCAUACAUGAGCAUCACCGGCGCUGAUGAGUCACUCGCCAUUCAAACACUCGAGGAACAUGGCAAUAACCUCACUGAAGCCAUCAAUUCUCACUUCAGGGAUGUCGAACGAAGCAUUCUUGAUCCAAGCUCAGAUAGUCGUCGUCCACAGUACAAUGUUGUUGUGGAAGAUAACAGUCAUGUUCGUCCACAAUACAAUGCUGUAGAAGAUAACUCUAGGCCAGUUCCAGCCCCAGGCGGACUUCCAUCUCUCCUCUCUGCUGCUCGCUCUUUUAGGCCCUCUUUGCUUCUUGAUCCCAACUACAGGAGAAGUCUCCUUAGGCAGCUCAGUGGCUCUGCAAUCAGUAGCCCCUCUCCAUCAGCACCUCACACUCACACGGCAGAAGUCACUGGCUUCCCUACUAUUCGUCCUCCUGGAGUUGGAGAGUUCGGAGGAGACGGUUAUGCUAGACAUUCACCUACCUACGGAUCUCAAGUCUAUGGUUCAACAACAACACAUAGGGAUGCUGAAUCGCCUGUCUAUGGCAACGAUGCAGAAGAUGAGAUGAUUAGAGCUGCUAUUGAGGCUUCCAAGCAGGAUUUUCAAGAGGGUCGUCACAAUGUUCCAUCUAGCGUUUUGUCUUCGAGAGAGGCUAUUAACAAGGAAGACGAGGACAUUGCCCGUGCAAUUUCUAUGUCAAUAGAGAUGGAAGAGCAAGAGAGUGUAAUGCGAGAGCAACUAGCUGAACUCAUGCCUCACUCCGUGGACCAGCGUCAAUCUAAUACAAAUGAAAGUAGCAGAUAUAAGGCCGGGAGCUCUACGUUACAAUUAGACAAGCGUGAAGAUAUCAAACAAAAGCAGCCAAUUGAUAUUAGCUCUCAACACGGACAUGAAGCUUCUUAUCCUGAAGAGUGGGGUGGCAUUCCGUCAAAAGAGCUACAAGAGGCAAUAAUGCUGGAAAAGGCACUCUUUAGUGGAGUUGCUAGAGAAAAUACUUCACAUAAUAAUAAUCUUCUCCCUGGAACUCCCAUGGACUCGCAAUCUCCCGAUAAGAGGUCCAUUGGAGAGGAACCUGAGAGAUCUUCCGUUACGAAGAAGGCAGCAAUUCCCGUAGAGCCAUCAGUCGAAAAUGAAGAUGGCAUCACUCUACUUGUUAGAAUGCCAGAUAGCAGCCGUCAUGGUCGUCGCUUUCUCAAAUCAGACAAGCUUAAGUAUCUUUUUGACUUCAUAGAUGCUGCUGGAUUAGUCAAACCAGGCACAUAUAGAGUGAUUAGAGCAUAUCCUCGACGUGCUUUCAGCCUUCAAGACGGUGCCUUAACAUUUGAGGAACUGAGUCUCACAAACAAACAAGAAGCGUUGUUUCUGGAACUACUAGCAAAUGUAACCUGAGAUGAUAAUGAUAGCAGAAACUAGUUGAGUUCAGUGUACUUUUAAGUCUGUAAGACUGUAAGCGGUUUUCUUAGUUUUAAACCCAACCUAAACGCAUGGUUUCACAGACUCCCACACUCUGUUGUAAACUUUCUCGUACUAUUUGCUAAUGUUGAAUCUCCAGUAUGAAACAA